AUGGAUCCUUUUGGGUCCAUGCAUAAUAAAACAGUUGAAUUGUUGAGUGCUAAAGCCGCUGAUUAUGGAUUGCCUUCAUCUGCGAACAGUGCUGGUUUACAAAGUGAUAAAGAAUCGGAGGACUUUGAAGAGGUAGUAGAUUCAGAUCUGGAUGCAAAUUUGCUUUGCAGUUACUUGUCAGAUCUGUGCACCGCCGAAAAAGAAAACAUUUCUAAUGGUAUUAUUGAGGAAAAUGCUGAAAUUGGUUUGUUGCAUAUCUGUAAGAAAAGUAUAGAUCUGUUGAAAGAACAUUACGAUAAGUGCAUUGAGUUAGUGAAUGAAUUGCGAAGUAAUUAUGAAGUGGUUACUGAACGAACUUCUUCACUGCACAAUGCAUGUGAUCGAAUGAUGGCGCAUCAGACACAGAUUGCUGCUGGAGCUGAACAAAUUCGUGCAAAUCUUUACUAUUACACCCAGUACGAAUCCAUCAUUAAAAAACUAAACACUGGAAAAUUUUCGAUAACGGGACAGGUGUUUACACAGAUUUUGUCGACAAUCGAUGAGUGUUUAAGAUUUUUGAGCGACCAUAUUCAUUACAAGGAUUCCGAAACUUAUAUUACGAAAUAUCAGCAGUGUUUAUCAAAAGCAAUGACAGUGAUAAGAAUGGGUGUUAUGGCCGAUUUGGAGGCAAGCCAUAAUGCCGUGAAAGAUAGGAAUAUGAAGCUAGAUAUCGACAACCGUCAAAGUGGUUAUAGCGAUGACGAUACUUUUGCAUUACUUUAUGGUGUUUUCGCUGCCCGAUCCAGUUCUGUUCGAUCAGCUCUUAAUGUCGCUGAACAACAUUUCCGAGACGUCGCAGAGUUUCAAUUGAUGGUAGCUGAUUGCCAGCAAGCUUACUUUAAAAUACGAUAUGAAAUGCUUGAGCCUGUUAUAAGAAGUACUAUUGAUGAACUGAGAAGAACUCAUGAUAACAGCUCGUGUGCACUGACUCGAAACGGCUGUGCUUUUUUGCUUCGACUUUGCGAUGAUGAAUUUCGAUUGUACAAGCAGUUCUUUACAGUUGAUGGCGAUGACGGCAGUGGUUCAAGAUCUGUCACGAUUUCAGCCCCGUCAAGUCCGCAUGCAUCAAUUUUAACUUCAUUCAUCUCAGGGGCAACAUUAUUUGAUGAUUUUAUUGAGUCACUGUGUCGCGUUUUCUACGACAUUUUGCGCCCUAUUAUUAUACACAAUUCACAUUUGGAAACUCUUACCGAGUUAUGCACAAUUUUGAAAGUCGAAAUGAUUAAAGAACGUUGUGGACUUAUGCAAUCAGUGAUGUCAUUGAAACAAUUAACAAGUAAUACAAGUGCUGAGGCAUCGUCACUGUCUUAUGCUGAAUAUAUGGUAAAUCCACGUAACGGAUUUGUACGAGUUAUGACUGAAUUAGUGGGUGAUGUUGUGGAGCGAAUUGUUUAUAGAACUAGUUUGUACGCUCAGUCAGACAUAGCCGAAUUCACCCCAUCGAGUGGAGAUCUUGCCUAUCCAGAAAAAUUAGAGAUGAUGAAAGAAAUUGAAAAGGAGCACAUCUUAGACAAGGAUAACAUAAAUGCAACCUCACCGACUUCUGCGAUCAACCUUUACUGUUUAUGGUAUCCAACUGUCAGGCGUACCGUGCUUUCUCUUUCGAAACUAUUUAAAUGUUUGGAGCCUUUAGUGUUCCAAAGCAUUGCUCGUGAACUGCUGACAGCCUGUUGCCAGUCAUUGGAAGAUGCAGGAGAACAAAUUCGAAGUCGUGAUACGGAAAAAAUUUCACGCACUCGCCGAUUUCUGGAUGCUGAAUUAUUUAUCGUGAAACACCUUUUAAUAUUGCGUGAGCAAACAAGUCCGUAUAGGGUCAUCGUACCAUCUGGAAGCACGCCUUCUGAUACCAUUCCCCAGCGUGAUUACGUCUUCGACUUUAGCAAAUACAGAACUUCCGCUUCGCAGUUCUUUCAUAAUCGACAUAGAUGGUUUGAAUUGACGUCAAAUAAUGCCUUUCUGGAAUUUUUGUUGCAAGUGCCACUGGCAGUUACGGAAGCAGUUGGUGAUAGCAGACGAAUUAUUGAUAUCCGGUUGAAAACUCACUGUCAUAACCUGAUAAAUACAACUAGUGAUAUAAUUAUUUUUGAAUUUGCUGAUUAUAUUGCUAAAGCAGAAGAGAUAGCAGCAGCGCCUGAUUUUGAUCUUACAAAGCAUGAUUCUCUGAAUGCAAACAGUAUGCAAAAUUUUGCGGGUCAAGCAUACAAAAAACUGACACAUUUGUGGCCUGAGAUUAAGGGAUGCUUCGAUCUGUACAUUGGUUUCAAAGAAACUGAAAAUAUCUUAUUGCAGCCAGUAAAGAAGCGAAUAAUUGAUGUAUUCACACGUGCUGGUCUUUUUGUUGAUAAAUUUUACGAUGAAGAGCAGAAACAAAUAGCUAGUCUUCCUACUCAGGAACACAUAUGGUUAUUAAUGAAUGCUUAG